GGUCGCAGUGAGUCGCCAGUACUGAGAGCUUCUUGAAUUAUGAUCGCUUGUCUUGUGUUAUUUUCAGCUUUUGUGCAUUUUAGUUGAAAAUAAUGAUAAAUAAAUCAAAUGUUUUUCCAUCAAUGUUUUGCAUUUAAAAAAAGAUCACCAGAUUGAUGUCAGAAAAAAUGUAAUUCAUGAAAUAAAAAUGGCCACAUUUGAUAUCACAAAUGACAAGAUCAAACUUUUCAGGUGGUCUUCCAUCAUUUUUUUUGAAUGUCAAGUUUAAGCCACGCACUUUGCUCUCAGGCGGGCGGCCACAUGACGGUAAAGACUGGAGGCUGGCCUAAGUUUAGCGUUACAAGCCCCCGCCUCCUCACCCCCUCCCCCCAGUUUUGUCUUUAAAUUCUAAAUCUUGAGCAUUUACUGGUAAACCACCUGUGGCACGCGUGAAGCAUACACGGGAAUGAUGGGUAAGCUCGCUCGCUCAUCAACGCUCACCUUCUGCGCGAUGAAUAAAAUCCCAACAUUUCUCUUAUUUUUAGCUGACGCCGCCAAGGUGGCCCUCCGGAAUGGCGCCGCCGUCCCCGAACCCACCUCGGAGGUGAAGAUGGAGGAAAGGGGCCAGUGGAGCAACAAGGUGGAAUUCAUCCUGUCCGUCGCCGGAUCCAUCAUCGGUCUGGGGAACAUGUGGCGCUUCCCGUACCUCUGCUAUAAGAACGGAGGAGGUGCCUUCCUCAUCCCGUACCUCAUCUUCCUUUUUGCCUGCGGAGUUCCCGUCUUCUUCCUGGAGACGGCCCUCGGUCAGUUCACCAGUCAGGGAGGAGUGACGUGCUGGAGAAAAAUCAGCCCCUUGUUUGAAGGUCUUGGCUAUGGCACGCAAGUGAUAGUGACCCUGCUGAACUUCUACUACAUCAUCGUCCUGGCUUGGGGGAUGUUCUAUCUAUCUUUCUCCUUCUCCUGGGAUCUACCUUGGUCUUCCUGCAACAACUCAUGGAACACAGGUAAUAAAAAAAUCUAUUUGUAUUCGUGCCCUCCGAAUGACCUCAUGACUUCCCCAGAAAACUGCGUGGAGUUCCAGAGGAGAAACACCUCCGUCAACCAAACCAUCUACUUCAAUGCCACUUCUCCGGUCAUGGAGUUCUGGGAGAGACGAGCGCUGAGGAUCUCGCCCGGCAUCGACCACAUGGGCUCGCUCAACUGGGAUCUGGUCCUGUGUCUGUUCAUCGCCUGGGUCAUGUGCUACUUCUGCAUCUGGAAGGGGGUUAAAUCCACAGGAAAAGUGGUCUACUUCACUGCAACCUUCCCCUAUCUGAUGCUGAUCGUGCUUCUGGUGAGGGGACUCACUCUACCUGGUGCAGGGAUUGGGAUUCAGUUUUACCUUUACCCUGAUUUGGGACGUCUGGGAGACCCACAGGUAUGGAUGGAUGCUGGGACCCAAAUCUUUUUUUCCUAUGCGAUCUGCUUAGGCUCUUUGACAGCACUAGGCAGCUAUAACAAAUACAAUAACAACUGCUACAGGGAUUGCCUGGCGUUGUGCUUUCUGAACAGCGGCACCAGUUUUGUGGCCGGAUUUGCCAUCUUUUCCAUUUUGGGCUUCAUGUCUUACGAGCAGAACGUUCCCAUCUCGGAGGUGGCGGAAUCCGGUCCCGGUUUAGCUUUCAUUGCUUACCCACGCGCCGUGACCAUGAUGCCCUUCUCCCCCCUUUGGGCCGCCCUCUUCUUCAUCAUGAUUGUUUUUCUUGGGCUGGACAGUCAGUUUGUAUGCGUGGAAAGCCUCGUGACCGCCAUCGUCGACAUGUACCCCGCCACCUUCCGCCGGAAAAACCGCCGGGAGCUCUUCCUCCUCCUUGUGGUCUCCCUCUCCUUCUUGGUGGGCCUUAUCAUGCUCAUGGAGGGUGGCAUGUACGUCUUCCAGCUUUUUGAUUACUACGCCGCUAGUGGCAUGUGUCUUCUCUUCAUGGGCCUCUUUGAGACUGUCUGCAUCGCAUGGGUCUACGGUGCUGAUCGCUUUUAUGACAACAUUGAAGACAUGAUUGGCUACCGUCCAGGACCUUACAUCAAGUACUGCUGGAUGUUCUUCACUCCAGCCACGUGUAUUAGUACUUUUGCCUUCUCCCUCAUUAAAUACACACCUUUAAAAUACAACAAUGAGUAUGUGUAUCCGUGGUGGGGCUACGUGAUUGGCUGGCUGCUGGCUCUCUCCUCCAUGGUCUGCAUCCCCCUGUGGAUGGCCUAUAAGAUCACCACCACUCAGGGAACGUUCAGGGAGCGCAUCCGGCUGCUCAUCACACCAUCUGAGGACUUGCCCAAAACCAAGAGAGAGCAAGAGAGGUUGCUGGCCAUUUUUGCCCCUGAAGAAGACACCGGUAGGAAUAAAAAUAACUACCAUCCUGCGUCGGAGCAAGAUUCAAACUUAUGAGCUACGCAGGUGGAUUUUGGUUCAAUUUUAAGAGCUGAAUAGAAUUAAAGACAUAUAAAUCAUUAAUAGCUUGCUUGUGGAUGCAGCCAACUCUUAAUUCCAAUUACUGUGCAUAGCCCCAAAGCCCUGUUUGUAUUAUAAUAUUAUAUCAUCAUAAGUGAUUUGGUAUUUGUAUUUCUAAGUUUUAUUUUGCAAUGUCAACAAGAUUUCUGUGCUCACUGUUAUAGAACUAAUGUCACUGUAGUCUUUUAUUUUAUACUGUAACAAAUUGUCUGUACAAAGAAAAUUUCAAGUCUCUUUUUAAAUAAAAUCCUCGGUGGAUGUAU